CACAUACCUCCUGCACUCCAUAGAUUGCUAGUUGAUUGCUUAAUCAGCGUUAGCUACGGCUGAGGAAUCCCUGGAUCUCACUUCAAUACAUUCACUGUUUUGCAGAGAACCAUGGAACCGCGCCUCAUUUGUUGAUCUCACCUUAGGAGGAUGACAAAAUUCUUGUGCUGGAAUUACCAUGAAACCCAGCCCCGGAAUGUUAGGGGUCUUGGGUGUGAAGAGAGAAGCGUCGAGGUCUUUUUGAGGUCGGUCUCAUUCAAGUGGGGACAUAUAAGGAAAGCAAAGCAAUGGCUGGGCAUCGCCAUCACGCCUCUCUUGAGGGUAUCAUACGCUUUUCCAGGCCUGAAUCCUUACCAGCGAACCAGCGCACCCGGGAUGGUAGAGAUUCUACUGCAUCAUCAACCAUUUCAGAGUAGCAUCUGAUGUUGCCUACAUCCAUACACUCCACCUCCGUUAUACAUAUGAGUACUCGCUCUCUGAAUUAUCGCGGAACCUCCUCUUACGCGUCUUUUUCAGUUUUAUGGGGCUAGAUAUCGCUAGAUGUGGAGAUAUUGCCUGACAGUGCUUGGAACCAGCUGAAUGAGAAGCCGAUCAGUUUGCAGAAUUCCUGCUGGAUCACUUUUUAUACCACACAGGCGUCACCCGCUCAAUUUUUUUUAGCAGUCCAACGGGUCCAGGGAUAUACCCAGAGUGAAUAGCAGCUCUUUGAGGCACUUGUCUUAUCUGUGACCACUGUUGUUGUAUAUCACGCCUAUUUAAUCGAAAAGAGGCAAUAAUCUGGAUGACAUAGCAGGGCAAUAAUGCACAAGAUGGAUGUAGGAAAUCAGCUCCAGCGACAAGUCUUUAUACUUUCAGAGGUGGCCCUUAUCCUUCCAUAGUCUAACGCAGACAGACUCGGAGAAUAAGAACGAGUCCAACAAAGCUGCACUAAGGAUCACCAACAUGUUUGACUGUGAUGUUUCUUAUCUCAUUGAUGGCAUCAACAUUGACCGGCCAUUUGAUGCUAUGAGCCUAACCUGUGAUCUAUAUAUGAUAUUUGGCAACUUCCACAUUUUCUUCAAUUCUGAGCCUAUAUCUGACCAGGAGAAUACCUACAAAAUUGAUACUUUUCUCCUUGCUGCUGCCUUGCCAGAACUCCAACUUCCCAUCACUCGCACCUUGUGUCUCACCAGUGAUCAAUCAAUAGGACUCUUGUUAUACCCGCUUCUUAUUUUGCAUAGGGCAAUCACGUGUAUCCUUCAUCUGUCUAGCACAGGAGCAUGUUUCAACGGAAUUCUCUGGGAUAUGAUGAAGCUAGGGACAUGAGAUGGCGGGUCCACAGAACUAGGCUGAUUUGUGCUGCUGAGGUUGGGCGAAUGGCUUAGCCAGGCAGUUAAUUCCUAGACUAAGGCCCUUGUGUCUAGGGUGGAUUUCUCCUAGUUCGCCUUCAUUUUUAAGCCGAUUGCUGAAGCCUAUUUAUGGGGGCUAGCCAUGUUCUAUUAACGUCCUGCUUCAGUUAUUGUGACGUAUUUUUAUGCGCUAUACCCAGGAAUCGAUCGUCUUAACGAAUUAUG